GGAAGGACGCUAACAAAUAAUUAAUUUAAUAUCAAACAUUUUAAAUUGAUACAAGUAUCGCCACAUGAAAUAUCGCGAUAUAUCACUGAAUCGAUUUGUCCCUAUAGUAGGCUAAUCUAGCGGGAGAGUGUAUAAACACUGGGAUGAUGGGAAAUGAGGGCAGGCUUACUCUGCGACAACAGUCCCGCCCACAACUCAGAGGCUUAUUUCCAUUGAACUCCUGCUGCUCUGCAGAAACUAUGUCCUAGAAAACGACACAAGUUUGAUGAUUUUGGCUAAAAACUGCAUAAAUUUAAUUAAAAAAACUAUGGGGAACACUUUUCCUCUUAAGAGGAAAGCAGCAGUAUAUGGGUGCUUAAGACUGUACAUGAUAAUUCUGUUCUGUCAGACCAAUAUUUAACACUUAACAUGGGAAAAACCCUCAUCUAAUGUAUUGCGCUCCACUGCAUCCCAUUCUGCAUGGUCAGCUGUUCUUUGUCCAUCAACUCUCCAUCCGCCUUUAUCUUUCUCCAUGUGGCUUUCCGUUUACAACCUUUUACUCUGCCCACCCCCCUCCUCCCGUCCAUCUCUGGUCUCUUUCCCGUCCUUCCAGCACGUCCUCCCCCCCGUCCCGCAAAGGGACUCGCAGGAACCGAGCUCAGGACUGGAGCCAGUGAGCAUCCGUCAUCCCUCCGCGUUGUCCCUCCCUGCCUAUCGCACACCUCCCUCCCUUUUUCCAAUCUCCCCUCCCUCACUAUGAUCGCUGCUCUUCCCCGUGCUCUGGGAUGUGAAGUACAUACAGAAGGCUGACUGCAGCCCAAAAGGAUGGGGAUGGUACGCGGCAGAGCGGGCUGACUUGUCCUGGAGAUCUGAGGGGUGGGUGACCCCUUACUGUCGUCCCGUUUUUGGAAAGGUAUUCAGGGAAACCAGGAAUGGGACAGUUUGCACUCCGGAUGUGAAAGCGGUGGUAAGGAGAGUCCCUCUGACUGUUGCUAUGGACCCUGGCUGACACCGGAUAGUCUCUGUUUUAACUGUGAUGGGAUUCGGAUGCGGACCGGAAUGCUGAUGAGGAACACCUGAGCGUCGGGGCAGCAGAGCUCUGUAGCCGGAGCACGUGGACAUGUUUGGCUUCUCCAAGAAGCCAAAGCUGUCUGGCCACAGGAAUAAAGCCUCGGGGUGGCCGCCCUCCAGCCCCGGCUCCUGGGGAGGACUGCAGGGGCCUCCGUUCAGCUGGGAGAGCAUGAACAGUGCCAGAGAUGGACGGAACUUCCUCACCAACCAAGGAUCCCAGAGCAGCUCCCUGGAAGAGGUCCACCUGGACGGAGUGCCGCCCGCUCCUCGUCUGGUGGAGAUGCGGAGAGACCCGGUCUUGGGAUUUGGCUUUGUGGCUGGCAGCGAGAAACCCGUGGUCGUCCGCUCUGUCACACCAGGUGGUCCAUCCGAGGGGAAGCUGCUGCCAGGUGACGAGAUCAUCAUGAUCAACGACGAGCCCGUCAGCUCGGCUCCAAGAGAACGGGUCAUCGACCUCGUCAGGAGCUGCAAAGAAUCCAUCCUGCUGACUGUUGUCCAGCCGUUUCCUUCCCCUAAAUCAGCGUUCAUCAGCGCAGCCAAAAAAGCCAUGCUGAAGUCCAACCCCGUCAAAGUGCGCUUCGCUGAGGAGGUCAUCAUAAAUGGCCAGGUCCCGAACCCAGUGAAGGACAACUCCCUUCUUUUCAUGCCAAACGUGCUGAAGGUCUACCUGGAAAAUGGGCAGACCAAGUCUUUCCGCUUCGACAGCAGCACCUCUGUAAAGGAAGUGAUCCUCACCCUGCAGGAGAAGCUGUCCAUCCGAUGCAUCGAGCACUUUUCCCUGGUGUUGGAGGAGACCGCCGAGGAUUCUGGGAGCAAACUGCUGCUCCUGCACGAACAGGAGAUGCUUACUCAGGUGACGCAGAGGCCCGGCUCCGACCGCAUGAAGUGUCUGUUUAGAAUCAGCUUCAUGCCCAGAGAUCCCGUGGAGCUGCUCCGCAGAGACGCUGUCGCGUUCGAAUACCUCUACGUUCAGAGCUGCAAUGAUGUGGUCUUGGAGCGCUUCGGCCCUGAGCUGAAGUUCGAUGCGGCGCUACGAUUGGCCGCCCUGCAGAUGUAUAUCCUCUCCAUGACGACCAGACAGAGCCAGAAGGUUUCGCUCAAAUACAUCCAAAAGGAGUGGGGCUUGACGCUGUUCCUGCCCCCGACUGUGCUGUCCAACAUGAAGGAGAAGAACAUCAAGAAGGCGCUGACACACAUCCUCAAAACCAACCAGAACCUGGUGCCUCCCGGGAAAAAACUCACGGCUUUGCAGGCAAAGGUGCAUUACCUGAGGUACCUCAGCGAGCUCAAACUGUACGGAGGACGGGAAUUCAAAUCCAUCCUUUUGCAAGGUGAGAAACAGACGGAGGUGGUGCUGCUGGUGGGCCCGCGGUACGGAAUCAGCCACGUCAUCAACGCCCGGACCAACCUGGUGGCCCUGCUGGCCGACUUCAGCCACGUCAACCGGAUCGAGAUCCUCACCGAAGACGAGACCAACGUCCGACUGGAGCUCCACGUUCUGGACGUCCGGCCCAUCACUCUGAUCAUGGAGUCCAGUGAUGCCAUGAACUUGGCCUGUCUAACAGCAGGCUACUAUCGCCUCCUAGUGGACUCCAGGAGAUCUAUAUUCAACAUGGCCCCCUGCACAGGAGAAGAUAUGGGCGAGGAGCGCUCCCUAGAGUGGCCCUACAGCACCUCUUUGGGGGACAAUGAGGGGCCCCUACAGGGGGAGGCCUUCAACCGCGACUACAACCUCCAAAGAGAGAACAGCAUCUCUCCGUACUUCCAAGAGCCCCCAACCCCCGAUGCCGAUCGCCCCUCAAGGAGCCCCCUCCCCCCGCCCCUCCCCCCAGCCAGGCAUAAAACUCAAGACUCCCCCCGCAGCGCCAAAGUCUCCUUCAUUUUCGGGGGGAACCCCCCGCUGAACAGGCCGAGGAACCUGGGCUACGAGAGACUGUCGGAGAGCCCCGAGCUGUCGGAGCACGGCGCCCCCUUCCUGCAGAACGACGUGGACUUCCAGGACCGGAUGUCGCUCCAGUUCAGCGCUCUGACCCACGUCUACAGCAACAUCAUAACCGAGGAGGGGGGGGAGGAGCCGGUUCUGAGGGACCUGUUCUACCGCGACACAACCGAUGACGCCGAGGAGGACGACGAUGCCUCCUGUGAGGAAGACUCCAUGGGGGGCACACCUGUGGGGGAGAACAGUGAAAGUGGGGGGCGUGCCAACCAGGGAGGGGGGAUGGGAGCGGCAGCUGGCAAAGCCACUUUUCUCAAGCUCUCCGGUUCCACCGACGACAUCAUCGACCUGACGUCGCUGCCCCCUCCAGAGGGAGACGACGGCGUUGACGAAGAUGAAGAUGACACCCUGCUGCAGACCCUGAACCUCGCCAUAGCCGCCCCCCCGCCCGGGUUUCGCGACAGUUCGGAUGAGGACACGGCGCCGGAGGGGCGGCCGCUGAGCACAUGCGACAACGACGACAUCCCCGUAUCAUUAAUUGAUGCCGUUCCAACGCACGAGGAGGGGGAGGGGAGCGGGGACGGCGAGGCCAGGCUGGAGAACGCCGUCGUGAACACACUUCAGGCUCUGGAGCAUCUCUCCGUGUCAGAGCAGAGACCUCCACCGCCUCCACCUGGAGUUCAUAAUCCCGGUGUUUACAUAUCUCAUGGCUUCAGCCCAGAGUCGUCCUCCGAUUCUGGGAAUGAGACGAACUCCUCGGAGAUGACCGAAAUCUGUGAACUGGCUGCCUCGCACAGGCUUAACGAAGGACACAUGCGCCUGCUGGUGGCCACCAAGGAGGGAUACCAACCUCUACUUGAAGAGAAAACAGAAUUCCCCGUAUCACCUAAUUCAUGUAGCACAGUAGAGAAGAAACCCCGCAGUCCGACUCGACACCUUCAGCCCCCGGCAGUUCCCCCGAGGCGGAGCCCCCAGUUGGAGACGGCAUCGGGGCAGCAAGUGAGGCCCCAGAGUAAUCACACGGUCAGUCUCCAGCGACCAAGUUCCACGACGCCUGGGGGCAAACACCACAAGAAAUCGAUGGACUCCGCUGGAAAGUAUAACACUUUCAGCGCAAGGGAGGUCAACAGAAGCGAUGGUGCUAGCUUGCGCAGCUAUCUUGAACUACAGCAGCGCACUUCCUUCUACGAACGAAACGAAAGUCAAGGACAAGAGAAUUCUUUUUUAUCCGAGAAUUCAGUCACUGAGGAAUCUGCUGUGAACAGCGUUCCCAGUGACCGUCACAGAACCCCCCGCCCUUCCUCC